GGUAACCUGGCAACAUUGAACACGGUGAAGUUCUGAUGUGACAAGUGACAACUGUCAGGAAAUAUUUUAAUGCUAGUUUUUGUAUUUUUGUCAAAAUUAAUUUGAAAUGGUAGAGUUGUAAAUAAAUGAAAGUUGACGAGCAUUGAGCAGAAUAUUUGAAAUAAUGCGUAACAAGGUAAAGGAUAAGGCAGGGUAGAAACCGAUUUUGUUGAAAACUACUUUUGAUUUUGGCAUCACCACGGAAAACGGAAGAAACAUGCCUGCAGCUACUCUUAGUAGCCUCCAACACCCAAACAAUGAAGAUUGCGGGAUAAGAGAUGUUUGGGCACACAAUUUGGAAGAUGAAUUUCGAACAAUCAGACAAAUUGUUCAAAAAUACCAAUACGUAGCAAUGGAUACAGAGUUUCCUGGAGUUGUUGCGAGACCGAUUGGGGAGUUCCGUAGUUCAGCAGAUUAUCAGUACCAGAUGUUGAGGUGUAAUGUGGAUUUACUCAGAAUAAUACAACUUGGACUAACAUUCUUGGAUGAUAAUGGAAAGACACCAGGAGGAUCAUAUACCACCUGGCAGUUCAAUUUCAAGUUUAAUUUACAGGAAGACAUGUAUGCCCAGGACAGUAUAGAUCUGCUUCAGAAUUCUGGCAUUCAAUUCAAAAAACACGAAGAUGAAGGAAUUGAGCCUCUCGAGUUUGCCGAGUUGCUAAUGUCUUCUGGUAUUGUCUUGAUGGAGAACAUAAAAUGGUUAUCCUUUCAUUCUGGCUAUGAUUUCGGAUAUCUUAUAAAACUAUUAACGGAUAACAACUUGCCACAAGAUGAAAAUGAAUUUUUCGAUUUAUUAAAGUUAUAUUUCCCAACUAUAUACGAUGUCAAGUACCUCAUGAAAUCUUGCAAGAAUCUGAAGGGAGGACUACAGGAGGUUGCGGAACAGCUAGAACUUGAGAGAAUUGGACCACAACAUCAGGCCGGUUCGGAUUCAUUACUAACAGGAAUGGCAUUUUUCAAAAUGAAGGAGAUGUUUUUCGAAGACACCAUCGAUGACUCCAAGUUUUCUGGCCAUCUUUACGGACUGGGAACUUCAUUUGCUGUCAACGGUACUUCAAACAAUUAUGCAAAUGAUAAUGGUGACACCACGAAUUCUUCAUGAAAUCCAUUUGUCUGUUUCCUUAGAGUGCUAAGUAUAAGAUAGAAAAAAUAAAUUUUGCGAGUAUGCUACGUUUUUUCAAAAAAAAUAUACCUCUGUUAUUGUGUUAGAUUUUAGGUUUUUUACUUUUAAACUAAGGUGUUCAAGCCUCCAUACCAAUUUGAAAUAUUUAAACUUAUUUAAUAAAAAUUACUUAUAGUCUA